AUGUGGACUUACCGUAAUUACCUCAUUAUCUACCUGACACCGCUGCUCAUCCUAGCUCUGCCAUUGGUCAUCAACACUUCGGAGGCGAAAUGUGGCUUUGUCAUCAUCCUAAUGGCCCUGUACUGGUGUACGGAGUGCUUACCCCUGGCCAUCACAGCCCUCCUCCCCAUCAUUCUGUUUCCCAUGAUGGGCAUCCUUGAGGCCAGUGAGGUGUCUAUCCAAUAUCUGAAGGACUCCAACAUGCUGUUCAUGGGGGGCCUGCUGGUGGCCAUCGCCAUAGAGCACUGGAAUCUGCACAAGCGCAUCGCCCUGCGGGUGCUCCUCUUGGUGGGAGUGAGGCCGGCUUUGCUUAUGAUCGGCUUUAUGAGCACCACUGCCUUCUUAUCUAUGUGGAUCAGCAACACAGCUUCCACCGCCAUGAUGCUGCCCAUUGCCCACGCCGUGCUGAACCAACUGAGUGCCACCGAGGCUGAGGCUGAUGACAAGGAACUGCAUGGCGGAUUGGACAACUUGGCUUUUGAGAUGAAUGAUUUGCAGGACACCAAACCUCAGAAAGAAAUCACCGAGGAUGUGACCUCGGCCUUCGAGCAGAGGAGGCAGAAGAGGGAGCAGAAAUACCUAAAGCUGUCCAAGGGCAUGAGCUUAAGUGUGUGCUAUGCUGCCAGCAUUGGUGGGACAGCCACUCUGACUGGGACCACACCGAACCUCAUCCUCAAGGGCCAGAUGGACCAGCUCUUCCCCAACAGCUCCGGGGUGAUCACCUUUGCCAGCUGGUUUGGCUUCUCCUUCCCCAACAUGCUUCUGAUGCUCAUUCUCUCCUGGUUCUGGCUGCAGUUCAUGUACAUGGGACUCAACAUGAAGAAGUCAUUUGGCUGUGGCUCAAGUAACGAGGGAGAUAAGGAGGCCUAUCAAGUGAUGAAGAAUGAGUACAAGAAGCUGGGUGACAUCAGUUUUGCUGAGGGCACCGUGCUCGGUAUCUUCAUCCUCCUCGUGGUGCUGUGGUUCACAAGGGACCCAGGUUUCAUACCUGGCUGGGCAACCGUGCUCUUUAACAAGGAGAAGGAGUUUGUCACUGACGGCACAGUGGCCAUAUUCAUUUCCAUGCUGUUUUUCAUCGUCCCGUCCCAGUUACCACGAUUUGGCUGCUGCAGAAGAAACACAGACAUAAGCGGUAACCACAAAGCCCCGCCGGCCCUACUCACCUGGAAAGUGGUCCACGAGAAGAUGCCCUGGAACAUCCUUCUGCUUCUGGGUGGAGGCUAUGCUUUGGCGAAGGGAAGCGAGGCUUCUGGGCUGUCCAUGUGGCUGGGAGAGAGCCUGACCCCCUUACAGAAGAUCCCACCCUUUGCCAUUUCUUUCUUGCUCUGCCUGCUGGUGAGCACCUUCACCGAGUGCUCAAGCAACACAGCCACAACCACACUCUUCCUGCCCAUCCUGGCCUCCAUGGCCAUCGCCAUUAAGCUGAACCCACUCUACGUCAUGCUGCCCUGCACCGUCUGCGCCUCCCUCGCUUUCAUGCUCCCCGUGGCUACUCCGCCCAACGCCAUUGCCUUUUCCUACGGGCAGCUCAAGGUCUUGGACAUGGCUAAGGCCGGCGUCAUCCUGAACCUCAUCGGCGUGCUGACGAUCAACCUCGCCUUGAACACCUGGGGCACGGCGAUGUUCGACCUGAACACAUUCCCCUCCUGGGCCAACGUGACCAGGGCUGCCUAAGCCUCCCUCUCUGCGACACUCUGGGAGGAGAGGGAAGAGGACAGAACGGUGACUGAGCAAUCCCCAGCUGGAACCAAAAACCCACCCGAGGGUGGGGUGGUGAAAAUGCCAGGUUGUCUUCUUGUUGGACCAUAGCAAACUGCUC